AUGAAGGCCUGCGGCUCACGUCGCAACGGAACCGACUCCCCCUAUGCUCUUGCUUUGUGCAGGACUACGGGUGCAUUCAUUUUGGCAUCCCAAGUUUCUAGCGUGCCGAGCCCAGAGGGGAAUUUCUGCUUGGCUCUAGAUCUACAAGAGAACGAGGACGUGACGUUUUCGGACACGCUCGGAUUCGUGUUUAACAACGGGAUACUAGUCAUCCAGUUCGUGCUACUGCUGGCGAUGUUCGUGAAGCCGCUGAUGAUCCCCCAAGGCCAUAUACAGUCAGGCGGGGCGGUGUACCGUCGGCUGGUGAUGCGAAACGUUGCAUGUACGAUCGGCAUCACCUUCACCUACGCCGUCACAACCGUAAUUGUGGUAUUGGGCUUUCUCACCACUGCUCCCGGGAGCAUCAAGGCGGCUCAACUCGCCGACCUCCUGCCAACGGCAAAUAUUUUCGUGACCCUCUGCGUGACUGAGAUGUCCUUGCCUCUUGGAUUCUCCAGCUGCGUGAAGUCCAUCAAGGCCGAGACAAGCUCGGUGGUGGACAGUGAGAGACACCCGACGGUGUGAAGGGAGAUCAACCCAUGCCGAUGGCCCAGUCAGGGGACAAUGGUACGGGGCUUGGCAGCGGCGAGUCACAGGAAGCAGGCGAGUCUGCUGGUUUUCCCAUCGAGAUAACGUGAUGGGAAAGCCCGACCGUAACUGAAGAUAUAGCGCAACGGCCCAGUUACUGGAGAGGGACAUAGUGGCUCAAACCGGAGGGAGGAGCGAGGACCCCAACGCGCGCCGGAGAUUGUGCCGAUGCUUCUAGGGACCAUCGGGUGUGCAGGUUGGAGUACAGAGGUUGUUUGUGACGGCUUUCCGAAAUAAGCGCUGCAGCGAGCCGCCGGUGCUGGCACCUGGGACGGUGAGCACAUGUCCGCUUCCUAGACCAUGGAUAUUUUGGAGCGCAAUAUAAGAAGCUCGACGAUUGCCUCCUGCGCGCAGAGGGGAGGUUUCCUAGACGAUCCCCUCUCGCGUACUUUGAUGCUUGGCUUUGAACGUGGACUUUGCCCGUGAGGGUUGUUGUCCGCGUGGUUCGAAAAUAUUGGUAAUAAAUUUGUAGUAUCUGCUGGUACUUGUGGACUAUAUGUGGUGGGGUUCCCUGGGCUAUUCCCUCUCGCGUACUUUGAUGUUGGGUUUAAACCGAUAAAGGGUGUUAUGCGUGUGAUUCUGGACGUUGGGUAAUAUAAUUUGUAGUAAAUAUCUGCUGGUGCUUGUAUAUAGUGGGAGCAGGGGGGGUUUCCCUGGGCGAUCCCUUCUCUCGUACUUUAUCCUU